AACGAAAGCAAUUAUUCAGUGUAAACGACGUUGUUUAUCGUAACUAUUGUAUCUGCUGCACGUAUCACAAUGGCCAGAGAUUUAAUUAUUUUAGCUUAUUCCGGUGGUCUUGAUACGAGCUGUAUUUUAAAAUGGUUGUUACAAAGGAAUUACGAUGUCGUGUGUUACAUGGCCGACAUCGGACAAAAUGAGGAUUUUGAAAAAGCGUGUCAAAAAGCGAAACUCAUCGGCGCUAAAGAUGUAAUUGUUGAGGACUUGCGCAAAGAGUUUGUGACCAACUACAUGCUACCCGCUAUUCAAAUGGGAUUGGUGUAUGAGAGCCGCUACUAUUUGGGCACAUCGCUAGCACGUCCGUGCAUUUCCGUGAGCAUUGUGAACGCUGCCAAGAGAUUGGGUGCCAAAUACAUAUCUCACGGUGCUACAGGGAAAGGAAACGAUCAAGUUCGUUUUGAACUAAGCGUGUAUUCGUUGUGGCCAGAAGGAAAGGUAAUUGCACCGUGGCGUCUUCCAGAAUUCUUUAACAGGUUUCAAGGCCGAAGUGACCUUAUUGAGUACGCUAAAAAGGAGAAUAUUCCCGUCGCGGCGACUCCCAAAGCUCCGUGGUCUACAGAUGAGAAUAUAAUGCAUAUUAGUUACGAAUCUGGGGUCCUUGAAGACCCCAGUGCCAUACCCCCGACCGGUAUUUAUAAAAUGACGCGAGACCUUCAACAAGCGGAGCAAUACCCCAGCGUUAUUGAUAUUACUUUUGAAAAGGGUUUACCCGUUUCUGCUCAAAUACCGAGUGGACAGGAAAAAGCACUUAUCAUAACCGACCCAUUGGUUCUCGUGGAAACGCUGAAUAAACUGGGUGGACAACACGGCGUUGGGCGAAUCGAUAUCGUGGAAAACCGUUUCUUAGGACUUAAGUCUAGAGGACUUUAUGAAACACCAGCUGGCACUAUAUUGCAUGUAGCUCAUUUAGAUCUAGAAGCUUAUGCUCUAGACAAGGAAGUAUUAAGAAUCAAGAAAUACCUUCAAGAUAAAAUGUCUGAUUUUGUCUACAACGGUUUUUGGUUUUCACCGGAAGCUUUCUACACCAGAAAAUGUUUAGAAAUAUCACAAGAGUCAGUCAGUGGAACUGUUACAGUACAAAUUUUUCAAGGAAACGUGUCCAUUUUAGCUAGGAAGAGUGAAACAAGUCUGUAUAAUAAAGAUUUGGUGUCCAUGGACAUUGCUGGUGGGUUUUCACCUGAAGAUAGCACUGGAUUCAUCAACAUUAAUGCAGUGAGGCUGAAGGAGUACGCACGUUUUACUUCUGCAGCUAAAUAAAAUGACUACCUAUGUUGAAUGACAAUAAAAAUAUUUAAAUUUACAA